AUGUCAAUGAACAACACUCCAAAUGUUUUCUUGGAUCCAAACGCAAACCGCUUUCAAGUUAACAUCAUUAAUGAAGACCAUGACAACAAUGAAACAGCCCAAGAGGAUGUGGGCUCUGACCCACCACAUUAUGAAGAAACGUCUUUUACUGAUGAAACACAUAACAGACUAAGAAUCAGUUACAGACCAGGAAAACGAGAAUUAUACGACAAUUUCCGUCAAAACGGGGAGAAAACAGAAGCUAGCUUACACCCCUAUGAUACUCACAGUAAAAUGUAUUAUCUACAAACUUUUGGCCAUAACACAAUGGACCCAGUUCCCAAAAUUGAUUAUUAUAGAAACACUGGCAGCGUCAGUGGGAAUAAGCUCAACAGACCAAGCUUAUUAGAAAUUCAUGAACAACUGGCAAAGAACAUUGCUGUGAGCACCGGCUCCGUGGAGAGAGUAGCAAAUGGAGAAAGCAGUGCUGGAGAUGAGACAGCAGCCAGCAAGGAAGAAGAAAACAAAACAGGAUUUGUCAAGUUCGGCUGGGUGAAGGGUGUGCUGGUAAGAUGCAUGCUUAAUAUUUGGGGUGUGAUGCUCUUUAUUCGACUUUCCUGGAUUGUAGGUCAAGCAGGAAUUGGUCUUGGAGUAAUCAUAAUUCUUCUGGCCACGAUGGUAACCUCAAUUACUGGGUUGUCAACUUCUGCAAUAGCAACUAAUGGGUUUGUCCGUGGAGGUGGAGCAUACUAUCUUAUCUCAAGAAGUCUGGGCCCAGAGUUUGGUGGAUCUAUCGGCCUUAUCUUUGCAUUUGCAAAUGCAGUGGCAGUUGCCAUGUAUGUAGUUGGAUUUGCUGAAACUGUUGUGGAACUUCUUAAGGAGAGUGAUACACUGAUGGUAGAUGAGUCCAACGACAUCAGAAUCAUAGGGACCAUCACUGUGGUGUGUCUUCUUGGCAUCUCUGUUGCUGGCAUGGAAUGGGAAGCAAAGGCUCAAGUUAUUCUUCUUAUUGUUCUCCUUGUUGCCAUUGUAAAUUUCUUUAUUGGCACAGUCAUUCCUACCAACACUGAAAAGAAGGCAAGAGGCUUUUUUAAUUACCAAGCAUCAAUAUUUGCAGAAAACUUUGGACCAGAUUUCAGAAGUGGAGAAGGAUUUUUUUCGGUGUUUGCCAUAUUUUUCCCAGCUGCCACUGGCAUUCUUGCAGGAGCCAACAUCUCAGGAGAUCUGAAAGACCCACAAAGUGCCAUACCCCAGGGAACAAUGCUGGCCAUUCUGAUCACCACAAUUGCUUACAUUGCUGUUGCAAUAUGUGCAGCCUCCUGUGUUGUAAGAGAUGCUACUGGGAACGUCAAUGAUACAAUUGUACCUGGAAUGAGCUGCAAUGGAUCAUCUGCCUGUGGCCUAGGCUAUGAUUUUUCCAGAUGUGCAAGUCAGCCAUGUGAUUAUGGGCUGAUGAAUAAUUUUCAGGUGAUGAGCAUGGUGUCUGGCUUUGGUCCUCUCAUCACAGCUGGCAUCUUCUCAGCUACUUUGUCAUCAGCUCUAGCAUCUCUUGUCAGCGCACCCAAAGUUUUCCAGGCUCUUUGCAAGGACAACGUCUACAAAGGGCUAGAAUUCUUUGCCAAAGGAUAUGGAAAAAACAACGAGCCUAUCAGGGGAUAUGUCCUCACCUUUGCCAUCGCCAUGGCCUUCAUUCUGAUUGCUGAACUGAAUACCAUUGCUCCCAUCAUCUCCAAUUUCUUCCUGGCUUCAUACGCUUUGAUUAAUUUCUCCUGCUUUCAUGCCUCAUAUGCAAAAUCUCCAGGUUGGAGACCUGCAUUCAGAUAUUAUAACAUGUGGGUGUCACUUUUUGGAGCCCUGCUGUGCUGUGGGGUGAUGUUUGUCAUCAACUGGUGGGCAGCUCUCAUCACUUAUGCCAUUGAGCUCUUCCUAUAUAUUUAUGUAACAUAUAAGAAGCCAGAAGUAAACUGGGGCUCCUCUACCCAGGCUCUGUACUUUGUUAAUGCCUUAGACAGCGCUCUGGCUUUAACGACAGUGGAGGACCAUGUUAAAAACUUCAGACCCCAGUGCUUAGCAUUAACAGGAGCUCCUAUGGUCAGGCCUGCUCUGCUGGACAUCACCCACGCCUUCACGAAGAACAACGGGCUGUGCAUCUGCUGUGAGGUGUACACGGGCCCACGCAAGCUGUGUGUUAAGGAGAUGAACAGUGGCAUGGAAAAAAAGCAGGCCUGGCUCACAAAGAACAAAAGAAAAGCCUUUUAUGCAGCAGUGGCAGCUGACAGCUUCAGAGAUGGAGUCAAAAGUCUACUUCAAGCCUCAGGCUUGGGUAGAAUGAAACCAAACACCCUGGUGAUUGGAUUUAAGAAGGACUGGAGAAGUGCACCUGCCACUCAAGUUGAGAACUAUGUGGGCAUUAUACAUGAUGCCUUUGAUUUUGAGCUCGGUGUAAUUAUCAUCAGAAUUAGCCAAGGAUUUGAUAUAUCUCAGGUCCUUCAGGUUCAAGAGGAAUUAGAGAAGCUGGAGCAGGAGAGAUUGGCACUCGAGGCCACCAUUAAAGAAAAUGACUUUGAAGAAGGAAAAAGGGGUAUCUGUGGAUUCUUCAAAAAAGCUAGCACAUUGAAUAUCUCAAAACACGAAACAAAGGAGAGCACCAUUAACACCAUACAGUCAAUGCAUGUGGGUGAAUUCAAUCAGAGGCUGCUAGAAGCCAGCACUCAAUUUAAAAAGAAGCAAGGAAAAGGUACAAUUGACAUUUGGUGGCUGUUCGAUGAUGGAGGUCUAACAAUCCUGAUUCCUUACAUUCUAACUAUCAGGAAGAAGUGGAAGAAUUGUAAAUUAAGGAUCUUCACUGGGGGAAAAGUCAAUAGGAUUGAAGAGGAAAAACUAGUGAUGGCUUCACUCCUAAGCAAAUUCAGAAUAAAAUUUGCUGAUAUUAAUAUCAUUUGUGAUAUCAAUAUAAAGCCCAACAAAGAAAGCUGGAAAUUCUUUGAAGAGAUGAUUGAACCAUAUCGCCUCCAUGAAAGCUGCAAAGAUAUGCCAACUGCUGAGAAAUUAAAGCGAGAGACUCCAUGGAAAAUUACAGAUGCAGAGCUGGAAGCAUUCAAGGAGAAGAGUUACCGCCAAGUCCGUCUGAACGAGCUCUUACAGGAGCACUCGAGAGCAGCCAACCUCAUUGUCCUGAGCCUCCCUGUGGCAAGAAAAGGAGCAGUGUCUGAUUACCUGUACAUGGCUUGGCUAGAAAUUCUCUCCAAGAACCUUCCUCCAGUCUUAAUGGUCAGAGGCAACCACAAAAAUGUACUGACUUUCUAUUCUUAG